GUGAGAAAAAAGCCAUCGAUAAACGUCAAAUUUACAAAAAGUCUAAAUAAGUCGCGUUUUUCGUAGUCGCCUCAAUAUUUUCGUUUUAAUCCAUCUAUUAACAAGAGAUUCGGGCAUCUAAAUACUACUCGUUACUCGCGGCAUUAAGGUUUCGCAAUUCCAGCCAAAAUUCAGAAGAAAAGUGUUCCAAAAAGUGUAUUUCUGGCAGCGUUCAUCGUGGCCGACCUGGGAGCAGUAGCAACAGCGCAGAGCCAUGCAUUGCAGGAUGAAGAAGCGCCUUACGCUUAGGUAAUCGACGUCGUCGGGCAGGGACACAAGCCGCAAGGGAAGACGGGUACAACGGCGGCACCAGGAGAGCGGACGGCCCCGUUCGUGUCCAAUAAAUAAUAAGUGAUCUGCUGCUGCCGAGCGGGGGAAGCGGGAGGCCGCUGCGUUUCGUCACUCUCCGAGCCGAGAAGAGUAUUGACUUCCGCAUUCUUCUCCCUUUGGGGUGUGGAAUGGCCACCUACAACAACCCCCAUUGGCUGUUGUCCCAUAUCCGGAAUUCGUUCAUCUCGACCGAUGACACGGGACUGAGUGAAACGGUAAUGUUGCUGGAAGACAUCCCCCACCAAUAUGCCCAGCUGCAUAAGCAAGCCUUGCGGGAUCGCUCUGCGGGGGCAGUGCGAAGCGACAGUCGGGAGGAUGGAUUCGGGACGAGGCGGAAGAGUUUCGAAGACUUCUACUGCUACCCCGGGCUGGACGAUUCCGACGAUGAAGAGAUGGACACCCUGUCGCAGUCCUACGAAAUACAAAUGGAUCAAGACAUUGGGUUCCAUCGGCAACGCUCGAAUACGGCUCAGAAGCUGGAACGAAUGGACAUAGCGAGGAAAAAGGCAGCGAAGGUCAAAACUAUCAAGUAUGAGUGUGCCGUUCAGCGUGCGGAUGAGAAGGAUGACGAACUGUUCGUGAGAAAAGUUGUAAGUGUCGACACGGUGGAAGCAGGUAUGUCAUUGCUAUCGCAACAGUUGGAAAGCUUCCCCAAAAUGCCGCAGAAUAAAUACCUCGAGUUCGCGAAGUACGAUGGAACUUCGCAGACCGAGGUGGCUACUAAAACGUUUAAAAUAUUCCUAAUGAUGUUGCCGGAGGACCAGAGAGCCUAUCCGAUGCAAGUUUGCGUCAUAGCCACUGCCAAAAUUCAGGAUUUUAUAGGAUUGAUUUGUUAUAAGUGUAGUCUAGCAUAUCCAGAUGUAGGUUUAAGAUCGAUUAGGCACUAUGGACUGUUUUUGACUGAAGAGGACGGCGAAGUCGAUUUGGAUUUCCCCCCCUUGGACGUCAGGGAACAAUGCGCAAAGUUUUGUUUUUCGCAUUUGGCCAUAGCUGAGCGGAAAACCUCAGAGGUUCAGCCGCAUUCUAGUUUUAGUCAACCGUCGACGAUUGUCUCGGGGGAACGGACACGCUCGAUAACGUCCGAUUUGGGCGAAACAGGAAGUCCACCGAAGUUAUCGCCAACGGAACCUUCCACGAGUGAUUUCAAAGGUAUCACACCGAAACAGAGAGAGGAUUUGGACAAGAUGAAAGAUCACACCUCGAAGUUGGAUGCUCCCUUGUAUCGGGCGUUCAAUGUCUAUUUGGUGCACAAAUCGCGGUUAAAAACGGAGAUUCAAUUGGGAAUAUCGGGAGAUAAAUUAGAAAUUGAUCCAAUCCAGCAGAAAUCUUCCAAGUUAUGGCUUCGCCAGAAGUCGGUCAAUCAUAGUAUGGAUUCGGUUGCUCACUGCUCCAUUAUCGAACGGAAGUCGUCCAAAUCGGGUGUUAGGAUAGUGUACAGUUCGGUUCCGUAUUCGCAAACGCUGAGCGUAUCCGGAACGGAUUACGUGACGUCGAGUCCCACCAUUCGGCAGCAUACCCACCAACAGCAGCAAGCCCGCGUACCACAGUUUAAGCAUUACGACAUUGAAACCGACCCAGCAACGGCGCAGGAAAUUGUCGAAAAAAUCAACAACAUCCUCGAGGUGCGAUCAAGUCCAGUGCGACGGGAGUAUAUAGCUAGCCGGAGCAGUCACUAGUGGAAGUCGGCGAACUUUAUCAAUUUUAACAGUGUUCACGUUUUGCAUGUAAAAAUGUGAAAUUUAGCUACCGUAAUACUUCCUAUUGGAGCGCACCUCAACCCUAAUGAUGUGACUUUGAAAUAUGGACUACAGUGUAAGAUGGUGAUGAAUUCGGUCAAUAUACUUCUUUUAAAGCGUAAUAAACAAUAGGCAAUAUGGACAAAACGAUAAUUGAACAAAAUUGUACACGAGAACUACGCCGCAUGUAACAUAAUUUGCGUAAUAAGAGAAGGUUUUGGUGAAACAAAUAUUCCAGAAAACUGAACAAACAAUUUAUUUUAAUUUACAAAUGAAUACGCUUUAUACCACAUAAACAAACAAUAGCCUCAUAAAUUUAGACUUAUUCAGAUUUCUAAUAGAAGAAAACAUUCAAUUCUUGAUAGUUGAACCGCAGUCUGUGGUUUAACACUUUUCACUCUGUCACAAUUCUUAUUUAUGCACCGAAUGUAGUUUCUAACGAUCAUUAACUGUUUGAAAAUGACUCAUGUAUAUGGUAAUUAUCAGCAUUUUUAUUGCUCAAUAAAUCUUUUCAUACUGAUUCCGAAAAACGAAACUCUGAUUGUGGUGUAAUUUCGCAUACAUUUUGGCUGAACACCCAAUAAGAACUCCAAUAAUUUUGCGAUUUCCUUCUAAUUUUUGCUAUAGAUACUUUCAGCCUAGGGCUGGCCUGUCUUUUCAUUUUUUUUGCGGUUUGAUUUUAAAUAAGAUCAAGUUCUACCAAUGUCUACCUUGACUUAGGCAGAAUUACACAAGUUGCCGCCACUACACCCCCGUAAAUAAUUAUAAGGCAUUCGCCGAUUUUCGUACAAAAUGGUCAUGUUUCAGGAUCAAUUUCUCGAUUUCUAGUGAUUAGAUUGAAAACAUAUCUGGCAUCCCAGCCUAAAAUGACUUAAUUUUUUUUUGUUAAUGAACGGGAAACACGUUUUUUGGGAAAGGAUUAACGCCACUUCACUUGUAAGGAGCUCCAUAUAAAAGUGGUGGUGUUAUUAUUAUUUUCAACUAAAACGUGCUUUUCCAGUAAACGUGUAUACAAAAAACCAUUAUUAAUUGAAAAUUCAGGUCAUUUAUCCACAUAUGUCCUUAAUCUAAUCGCUAGAAAUCGAGAUUUUGGUCCUCAAACAUUUCGUAUGAAAAUCAGCGAAUGCCUUAUACUACUGUGAAUCGCAUAUCUGUCCCAUCUUUGCUGGGUUUCCUAUUCAUAUGGGACAAAUAUGCGAUUCACGGCAGUAUAAUCUCUUAUAAUUAUUUCCGGGGGUGUAAAGCAAUACUUGACUGCUGAUGACCGCUAAUCAGUUUCAUAUGAAUUUUAAUCGUAUUUAUUUUAAAAACAGUAAGAGUCAAAUUUUUCAUUAUUUCACCGAAUGUAAACUAUCAAUCUUUUUAAAAGUGAUCGCAUAUCAGUACAAAUCUUAUCAUGUCAAUAUUAUAACCGCAGUGUUUUCAGUGCUUUUUUGCAUUUAACUAUCAUUGUCGUGCGCUUUCUAGAGGUUCUGCGGAUCAUUUGUGACCAACGUAGGACAUUUUCGUGUAUUUUUUCACAACAAAUUUUUAUUCUAUCGAAUAAUGAAUUUUAAGUUAAUACCAUACCCUCGGCAUCAUUUUCCACCGCUUCGAAUUUAUUAAAUUUGAUUAUAAAUCAGAAAGGUUCCAUUAUUAGACGAAGCCUCAAUCAACACAAAGUCGCAUAUGUUAGCGAAUAAGUAUAAAUGGUGGAGGCGAUAUAGGCACAUUCCUCCAUUUGACUGCAUGCAAAAUGUAUGUAUAUAGCCUCCACUCUUAUUCGCUAUGAUAUACGCUGCCGCUACUCGCAUAUCAGUCCUAUUUCGAUUUUCGUCACUUUUGAGUUAACACCGAGAAUAGCAUUUAAUUUUAUCAUACUUCCACAUAACAUGAUAAAAAAUGCGGCUUUGUUCGGGAGAAAUGUGAAAAAAUACCAAACCAACCAUGUCCCAUAUAGAAUGUACCCGCAUACCAGUCCCAUUAAGAAUUCACAAAGUGGAUUCACAAUUAUUUUUCCAUUGAUUUGAAUCGUUUUGCAUUACUUCAUUGAAUGAGGAAUGACUCUGCAAAAUUUCAACCAGAUCGCAGAAUGUUUGAAUUUAGAAGAUUUUUUUUAAAUUUUGCAUGGAAAAUGCGUUUUGAGACUUCAUCGGCUAUUAUCUCAGUAUGCGAAAAACCAAUAUGGGACUGAUAUGAAAGUACCGGCAGUACGAUCUUGUGUUUGCUGGGGCGUUGGAUGGUGCAUCACUUUCGAAAUUAUGUUUAACAACAGUGUUGUUGGAGAUUUUGAAAAUGCAUGAAAUCUUCCCUAUUAUUGCUUCCUCAAAUUGAUAUUUUGAACCAAUAAAAAAUAAAAAAAUGUUUGUUUCGGCCUUCGGGAACCAAAUAACCUACAAUUAAUUCCAAGGUGUGAUCAAUUUAUUUGACAUUUGUUUCCUUGUCUCUAGAUUCCUUGUUUUUUUUUUCUAAAGAAAUUGAUAUGCGAUCAUUUGAAUGACAACCUUUUGUUUUAUACAAAAGGAGUUACUAUAGAUUCGACUUCAAACAUUCUAUCCGAUAUUUCUCAAAAAAUAAAUAAAAAGAAUUAGAAGACAAUUCAAUUACCGAUAUUAUCGUUACAAUAUCCUCAUUAAAACUGUUUUGAAACAAAAACAAAUGCAACUAAACAUAAUUCAAUGCAAUAAAGUUUUAUUUUUAAUGCAAAAGACCAGAAUAGGAAUCACCGAACUGCACAAUGUGUAUGUCACCGUUUGUAAAUUUGUAUAAAUCCAUAGAAACUGUCGUGUAAUUUUGUAUAUAAAAAGAUUCGAAUCCUUAGGGUUUUGUGUUACAGUAAUAGUUGUGGAUUACUUCUUGAAUUGUCCGGGUCCAAAUGAUAUACUAAAAUAGUACUGAAAACAAUAAUGUAAAAUGAUAAUUGUAUACCUAGUUAUAAUGUUAGGAGAACAGAUCGUGGUUGUCACCGAAGAGCUCACAAACGGCAUAUUCAAGAAGUAAAGCACAAUUAAACACUGGUUAUUUUUUGUGAAAUUUAAAUCUAGAUUAUUGAGUCAAUCGUUUUCCACUGUUGAUUCCUUGAAAAUGUAUGCCUGCUGCAAAGAAGAAAAUAAGAAACUAUUAAUUUAAUUAUAUUUAUUAUAUUUACGCUAAUUUUAUACAGGAAUUAAAAAAAAUCAAAUUUUCAAUUACA